AUGAACCAGCUAGGAGCUUUAGCCCAAGUUUCACGUUUCACUCAAAACUUUUCAAUGGAAAAUAUCAAGAGUGAGUUUCAAUCCUUGCAAUCCAAACUGGCAACCCUUCGCACCCCGCAAGAAUUUUUCAAUUUCAAGAAAAUUUCUAAACCUCAAAACUUCGGGGAAGUCCAAUCUAGAGUGGCUUAUAAUCUGAAAUACUUUUCCAGUAACUAUGGUUUGAUUAUUGGUUGUUUGAGCAUCUACACAUUAUUGACAAAUUUGUUGCUACUCUUUGUCAUCGUUCUAGUCGUAGCUGGCAUUAUUGGUAUAAAUAGACUUAAGGGUGAAGAGCUGGUAACUCCAUUUGGCUCUUUCAAAACCAACCAAUUAUACACUGGAUUGAUUUGUGUUGCUGUGCCAAUAGGUUUCUUAGCUUCGCCAAUCUCAACUUUGCUAUGGUUGAUUGGUGCUUCCGCAGUCAGCGUCUUCGGACAUGCAUCAUUGAUGGAAAAGCCUAUCGAAACUGUAUUUGACGAAGAAACUGUUUGA